AUGGGUACUACUGUCGGUCUCGAAAAGUGCGCGGCCAAGGCUGUUGAAUGCCAUUAUCCAACAAGUACAAAGUCCAGAGAGCCAAAGCCACAAAUCCAACAUAAUUAUAAUGAUACGUUAGAACUGCAAAGGGUAUCACCUUCAUUGGUGACAGCUUUCCCUGGUAUCGAGAACCGUGAAGAAACAAGUACCAACGAUGAUAUACUUCACGGUAUAUCAGAUCCGGAGUUCGCAAAUUUUAGCCAGCAAAACCUGGACUGGACCGUACCCGAUAUCAAUUUUUCUGAGUUUUUAAGUCCCCAGGCAAACGACGAAGCCAUUCAAUACCUAUCAUCGGAGUCUUCAGCUUUGAUCCGGCAUUCGACAACUCAAAUAAAUCGAGUUCAAGAGUUCGCCUUUUCACCCAAUAUAUCAAUGUCCAUACAGCCUUCUGGGACUCCUCGAUCACUUGUUCUGAGAACGGGAAUGAAGCCCAGCGCUCAACGAACUGCCAAUCUCAUGUUUCAUACCCUAAAAUCUUACCCUCUAAUGAUUCUGCGACACAAAACGCUUCCACCCUUUAUCCAUUCGCAUCUAAUAUCUUCCAACACUAAGAAUGUCGAUAUGGAGCCACUAAAUAAUUGCAUCAGUCUGUUGCAUAUGAUUAGCAGUGGAGUUCAAGGGAGCCGAAAACUAUUCUGGAAGAAUGUACGGCUAGAGUGCGAACGUCUGUGUGAAAACAUUCUGAACUUAAAUAAAUGGGAGAUUCUUGCUGCUAUGCAAGCUAUUGCCAUUUAUAUUCUCAUCAGACUGGACGAAGGCGAGACUGACUACAAUAACUUUGAUUUAUUAUUACUAAAAACAAUCACCGUACUAUCUAAAAGAUUUACCAAUUUCAAAAUGACACACGGCACGCAAUCUGAGCACUAUGACUAUGGUCUCGAUUCCAGCUGGAAAGACUGGAUUUUUGAAGAAUCAUGUCGAAGAAUAUGCGUGAUUUUUCAAACCGUGAAUAUGCUAGUUUACUUCGAGCCAGCGGCACUCUGCGAUCCCAACACAGACCUUAUCUUCGCGCCACUGCCUGCGAAGAAACAGCUGUGGGAAGCAGCUGAUAAAUUUUCGUGGAAGGCGGAACACGAUCGAGAGUACGGCGCCCUUAAUUAUUUUGGCCUAGCCACAAAUGGUGACCUGGUUAGACUGGAUGUUGGUAAGGCAUAUUGUGGUGAUGCAUCGCUGCUUCAUCAGCCAUUGAGUAGUAACAAGACUACUACAAACUGGGAGGAAUGGUGCUCGGGGAUGGAUGGGCUUGGUGGACUCAUCAUGCUUGCUGCUUCUUUGGUAGCGUAG